AUGGCGCAACCACACACAACUGCAGAGACGGCCACAACAACAAACACUACAUUUUUCAUAUCUAAUCUCCACUGUCCCUCAUGUAUCACAAGCAUUCAGUUCUGUCUGGAAGACUUGGGUAUUCAACCAUUUUCGAUCUCACACUCGAUAAUCCAGCACUCAAUCACGAUCCGCCACGGUUUAUCCAUCUUCCACACCGCCAUCACCUCAAAUCUGGAAAAAGCAGGCUUUGAAGUCUACAGUGUUGUACCAACGAAUCGGAAAUCGGCAUUUCGGCCUUGGCAACCUCAAGAUACUGGCAGCAAUGAAGACUGGGGCUUGGAGCAGGCUGUCCAGCGAUGGAAGACUGCAUGGAAGGACAGAGAUGCAGAAGUGGAGAACAGCAGGAAGAGAAAAAGACAUGUGGAGCAGUGUGCGCUAUGUCUUGACGAACUGCAGCAUAGUCGUGGCUCUUUGGAAGCUUUGAUGGAGAAAGUACACUCGUUUGCUGAUGCUUCUGCUGAUGUCGAGAGAGGAGUUUCUGUUUCUUCUCGAGAUGAAGACGAGGAGAGAGUUACAGAAAAGCUUGACUCUGUGGAGUCUGCUACACCUGAGCUCUUUUGUGCUACUCUCUCGAUUGAGGGUAUGACUUGCAGUGCUUGCGUUACCAAUGUCUCGCAGGCCUUCUCUCAGCUUCCGUUCGUACAGGACGUGAAUGUCAAUCUUCUGAGCAACUCAGCCACUGUCGUCUUCUCGGGUCGAAACAAUGACAAGCUCGUCUCCGAGUCCAUCGAAGAUGCUGGAUAUGAUGUGUUUCUGAACGAAGUGGAGCCUCUGGGUGUCAAGACUACCAACGAGCAGACGUGGAAAGCAACAUUCUCGAUCACAGGCAUGACCUGUGCUGCUUGUGUGCAAUCUCUUACCACCGGACUGGAGAAGCCGGAAUGGAUUGAGAGUGCUCAGGUGAACCUGAUCUCCAACAGCGCCACCGUUACGUUUAGAGGAACCAAAGAAGGCGUCAAAGAUGUCAUCGAAAUCAUCGAAGACUCGGGCUUUGACGCUUCCACUGAAGAAGUCAACAGUAUUCAAACCACCCAGGAGCAGGCUCUGGAGCGGAAGGUUAUUUUGCAGAUGACAGGCAUGUACUGUCAUCACUGCCCACCACGCAUCAUGAAAGCCCUGGCCGACAACUUUGGCACCCAAGUCACGAUCGACGAAGAGUGCAGUAUGGCAAACCCACUACUCAGACUCAGCUAUCGACCUCAGCCACCAAAUCUGACACUGAGGCACAUCCUCAAUGUUAUCAAUGGGCUGAACACAGAAGUGCAAGCCUUCAUCUACAAUCCUCCAACCAUCGAGCAACGAUCAAGGGAAAUCCACGCCGCCGAACGCAGAAAGAUACUCCUUCGCUUCAUGCUGUGUCUCACAACAGCAAUUCCAACAUUCGUUAUCGGCAUUGUAUACAUGACGCUCGUAAAUCACGAAAACAAGGGUCGCAGAUACCUUAUGCAACCCAUCUGGGCAGGUACGGUCACCAGAGCAGACUGGGCUUUGUUCAUCAUGGGCACCGUCAUCUAUUUCUUUGCCGCCGACAUCUUCCACAUUCGAAGUUUGCAGGGCAUUUAUCUCAUGUGGAAGCCUUCAUCACGCACGCCCUUAAGCCAUCGUCUACUCAGAUUCGGCAAUAUGAACAUGUUGAUUAGUCUGGGGACGUCGAUUGCAUAUUUUGCUUCCAUUGCCGCUCUCACCAUCAAUACUACGAGUGCAAAGAAUACGAUGGGACAGGCACAGGCUUAUUACUUUGACUCUGUGGUUUUUCUGACGUUGUUCUUGUUGGGUGGUAGAGGGUUAGAGGCGUGGAGCAAGGCGAAAACCGGUGAUGCCGUUGCUGCUCUAGGGUCCCUGAGACCUGACACUGCUCUCUUGGUCAUUCCCUCUGCUGACGAAACCUCCACGACUCUGGUCAAGACAGCAACCGAAUUGCUGGAAGUCGGAGAUGUGGUCAGAGUCCUCCAAGGCAGUUCUCCCNCCUUCGACGGCAUCAUCGUCGACGGCGAGACCAAAUUUGACGAGGCAAGUUUGACAGGAGAAUCCAAACUCGUUUCCAAGCACAUCGGCGAUCAAGUCUUCUCCGGCACAAUCAACAAAGCAGCACCAAUCGAUGUGCGAUUGACUUCCAUCUCGGGCACUUCCAUGCUAGACCAAAUCAUCAAAGUCGUCCGCGAAGGACAAACCAAACGCGCGCCGGUGGAACGUAUAGCAGAUAUUCUGACCUCACGUUUUGUUCCGUUUAUCAUCCUCAUCGGCAUCUCUACAUGGCUCAUCUGGCUCUCUUUAGGUCUGUCCGGCACCUUACCAUCUUCAUGGCUGGAUUCGCAGAUUGGUGGAUGGCCGUUUUGGUCGCUGCAGUUUUCUAUUGCCGUGUUUGUGGUGGCGUGUCCUUGUGGUAUUGGUCUUGCUGCUCCUACUGCAUUGUUUGUGGGUGGUGGGCUGGCUGCCAAACAUGGGAUUCUGGUCAAAGGAGGAGGAGAGGCGUUUCAAGAGGCGAGCAUGCUUGACUGUGUCGUUUUUGACAAGACGGGCACGUUGACGCAGGGGACUGCGCCCGCUGUUGCUGAUUGCAAAGUCUUUGGCGAUAACUAUGCGCAAGAGGCGUUGAUGAUGGCCAGGGCGCUCGAGGAGAAUAGCAGUCAUCCGGUUGCUAGAGCUGUUGUCGAGUACAGCAAAGCUCAACUUUCGAGUGUUGACUGCAAGCAGGCUCUCGAUGUUGAGGAAGUGCCUGGUAAAGGACUUCAAGGCGCUUUCAACAUGGACUCGGAAGCACAGGUCACAGCAAUCAUCGGCAAUGAAGCACUAAUGGCAGAUUACAACCUACAGCUCGACUCGGAAAGCAGGGACCUGGUUGAAAGCUGGAAACAGCAGGGCAAAUCAAUUGCUCUUCUAUCAACCUCUUCCUCUUCAAAGACAGGCUUCAGUCUAGUCGCAGCCUUUGCCAUUGCAGAUCCGCUACGACCUGAAGCAGCCACAGUCGUCAAGUGGCUGCAGAAGCAAGGGCUCGAAGUAUUCAUGAUCUCGGGUGACAACACAACCACAGCAAACAGCGUGGGAGCAGCGGUAGGCAUACCGGCAUCCAACAUUAUGGCUGGAGUUAUGCCAGAGCAAAAAGCAGAUAAGAUCAAGUAUCUGCAGCAGACUCUUGCACCACGACAUCCGCGAGCUUUGAUCGGGCCUCGCAAGCAGAGGGCUACGGUAGCCAUGUGCGGCGACGGCAUCAACGACUCUCCUGCUCUGGCGAGGGCGGAUGUGAGUAUUGCGAUUGGGUCGGGGUCUGAUGUGGCCUUGUCGACUGCAUCUUUUGUGCUUGUCACAUCCGACUUGCAUGCAUUGGUCAGACUUCUGGAAUUGUCGCGUGUGGUAUUCCGCAGGGUGAUGCUCAACUUUGCUUGGGCAUUGGUGUACAACUUGAUUGCGUUACCCGUGGCGGCAGGAGCGUUGUAUGCGAUCAGCAACGGAGGAAAGCACGUCCGGCUGGAUCCAGUGUGGGCCAGUUUGGCCAUGGCGCUGAGUUCGGUGUCCGUAGUGUCGAGCAGUCUUCUGCUGCGCACCAAGAUUCCCUUUGUAGGCUUCAGAGCAUCCGAAAUAUAG